CUAUUGCGGCAGAAAAGUGCACAAUAAUGGCCCGGUCAGUCGAUUAUCUUGGACAUACUUUCGGCCCGGAUGGUAUGACUCCUGACGUUAAGAAGGUGGAAACUAUCCUUCGUUGGCCUGUGCCGACCCUGGUCUCGGAGCUAAGAUCGUUUCUCGGUUUAGCAAAUUAUUAUAGGGGGUUCCUUCCACAUUUUUCGAAUCAAGCUAGAGCCUUAUAUGAUUUGGUUACUGAGAGUACUAAGAUCAAGUCGUCGACCUUGCUACCAUGGACAGAAGAAUGUGAGGCCGCCUUCGUUGACAUUAAGGAAGGUUUGGCCCGUUUGCCGUUGUUGAACUACCCGGAUUUCCUUCGGCCCUUCCAAUUGGUGACCGAUGCUAGUGAUGCAGCUAUCGGAGGUGUAUUGGAACAAGACGGAGCCCCCCUCUCCUUUUUCAGUCAAGCCUUGACAAGUACUCAACGUCGAUGGCCUGUAUACGAACAUUAUGUGGCACAAUGUUCCCGCUGUUUGACCAUUAAAGCUCGGCAGCAACCUCCGGCAGCAUUAGUGCCCUUUCCAGUAGGAGCACCAUGGCAUACUAUUGCUGUGGACUUCUUGUUUGUUGGCCCAUCAGACCAAGGCCCUACCAAACUGCUGGUUAUUGUGGAUCAUUUCACACGUUGGGCCGAUGCUUACGUUGUAAAAGGAGAAGGAGCUACUGAUGCUUUGGCACCAUUGCUGCAACUCUGUUCACAAUUUGGCCCGCCUAUGAGGUUAUUGAGUGAUCAAGGUCCUGCCUUUGAGAGUGAAAUCUUUCAUGAUGUUAUGAAGAUUUUGGGGGUCACUAAGGUGCGGUCUACUCCGCAUCAUCCGAGCUCAAAUGGUCAUGUGGAACGUUUCAAUUCUACCAUUUUGAACUUGCUCAGAAUGGCUACUCAGACCAUAGGGGAUUGGCAAGGCCACCUACGAGGCGUCCUAUGGCAAUAUAAUUCGACUCCUCAUUCGGCCACUGGAUUUACCCCCUUCUAUCUUAUGUUUGGAAGAGAAGCUCCUCAAAUGUUAUUGCCAAGUCUAUAUCAAUACUCAUCUUUGAUGCAUGAUCCUGAGAGCUAUGCAGCCUAUUUGGCCCGAGCACGUGCCAAAAUUGAUGAUGUUAUGGAUGAAUGGGCUACUGCUAAUGGUGCUUCAUACCGUCUGGCAGCCUUAAGACAACCUUCUCAUCGGCGACAUUAUGUUGGUCAACGGGUUCGCCUGAAGAUUUUCCAUGGCAACAAUGCUCCGGCCCGCAAGUUGCUUCCUAAAUGGCAGGCGGACUGGUGCAUCUUCAAGUUUGUUGCUGGAUCUAAUAAUAAGACGGUGGUAGUUCGACAUUUCCCAGAUCCACGGGAAAAGGUCAUUUCUACCGACUAUAUAUUGGCAGAUCCAAUUCAACCAGAAAUGAUACCGGUUCAGCUCAACAUUGUGAGAAUGGAACCUCCUGUUGAUGAAGCUCCAAGGGUUCCCUUGUAUCCUUUCAAGGAAAUCCCUAGAACGGGCCCGGUAUUGCAAGAAGACCAUUUGGAUCAUUUUGCAGAUUCCGAUGAAGUUUCGUCAUAUGUCGCUGAGAUGGGUUCUCCUUCUCAUGAUAGGCUAUAUCAGCCUCAACCUUCGGCGUAUUGGGUUGCUCAAGAUGAUACUGAUGUGCUACAACCACUACCACAGGUUGGAGAAGUUCGUAGCCCUCAAGAUGGUGACAUGCUAAUUGAAGAUGCUUCUGGUCCG